GCCGGGGCGGCCGCGCGGUGGGUGGAGCGGUCCUUUCGGACGCAGAGAAGGGUAUUUACGCAGCUGAUAAAGCGAGACCGAGGCUGGCACUGAGGGUCCACGACACCAAAAGAAGAUGCGCGCGCCCAUUCCAGAGCCAGAGAUCGGAGACCUGAUUGAGAUUUUCCGCCCUUUCUACAGACACUGGGCCAUCUAUGUUGGCGAUGGAUAUGUGGUCCACCUGGCCCCCCCAAGUGAAGUUGCGGGAGCCGGUAUGGCCAGCGUGAUGUCCGCCCUGACCAACAGAGCCAUAGUGAAGAAGGAGCUGCUGUGUGACGUGGCUGGGAGAGACAAGUACCAGGUCAAUAACAAACACGAUAACAAGUACGUGCCACUGCCUCCCAACAAAAUCGCCAAGCGGGCGGAGGAGCUGGUGGGGCAGGAGGUACUCUACAAGCUGACCAGUGAGAACUGCGAGCACUUCGUGAACGAGCUGCGCUACGGGGUGCCCCGCAGCGACCAGGUCAGAGAUUUCGUCCUGGCAGCAGGCAUCGCAGGAGUGGGCUUAGCAGCCAUGGGCCUCGUCGGAGUCAUGUUCUCAAGAAACAAGCAACAAAAGCAUUAAGUUGAAAGGACUGUCCUGUCAGGAAUGACUUUAUACAUUAAGGGAGUCUCGUUUUGCUACAGAGUUUGUGGUUUGGUUUGUGGAUUCCAUUCUGUUUCAUAGGAAGGCUUAUUGUCACAGAAUAAAAUAAAGCACAGUAAGAGAGGAUUUUACUGGGGGAAAUGCAGCAA